CAUACUGGACAAAGCACCGUAUGGGAGUGGUUUCUUAGAAUCGAAUGAAUCCUGCUGAAUGUAAGGUUUUUCAAUUCCUGUAGCCGAACUAUUACGUUGUCAAGUCAAAAGUGUUCAAGGGAACACUAUUAGCGCUUAUUUUGUCAGGAAAUCCCAAAGAGGGUAUACAAAACUCAACCGAAUAACAUCAUAUGCGAUUUUGUGUAACAAAUCACUGACGCUGGAUGGUUGGUGAUUCAUAAGUUGCGUUCCCCAAACAUGUGCUGUGUCUGACGAGGCUGACCCGCGCUACCGAGACCCCCAGGAAGACCAUGCUGUCCCUCCUGCUGCCCAUGCUGCUUGCUGUGCAAGCUCUCGCUGUCCUAGAAGUGCAGGUCCCAGAGCUGCCAGUGGUUGCGCUGUACGGCAUGGACACCACCCUCAACUGUUCCUUCAGCCACGCCUCUCCCUUCAACCUGUCUGACCUCAGUGUCUUCUGGCAGCUGACGGACACCAAGCGCACUGUGCACAGCUACUGGGCUAGCCAGGACCAGCUGGCAGACCAGGGAGAGCGCUAUGCCAACCGCACCAGCCUGUACCCCUCCCAGCUGGGCACGGGCAACACCUCGCUCCUCUUGAGGGGGGUCCGGGUGGCCGACGAGGGUAGCUACACCUGCUUCGUCAGGGUGGAGGCCUACGGUAGUGCAGCCCUACUGCUCCAGGUAGCAGCCCCCUAUUCCAAGCCUCUGGUGACCCUGGAGCCGGACUCUAACCUGCGGCCGGGUGACAAGGUGGCGCUGACCUGCGUGGCGUACGGUGGCUACCCUGAGGCUGACGUACUGUGGCAGGAUGGGGGCGGGCACAACCUGACGGACAACGUCACCACCUCCCUGGUGGCCAAUGAGGAGGGGCUUUUCAGCAUGCGCAGUGUCCUGACUGUCACCCUGGAGCCCAAUAGCACUUACAGCUGCAGACUGACCAACCCAUUAUUGGGUGAGGACGGCCACGCCUCCGUCACCAUCACAGGUCAGAACAUGGUGUUUCCCCCGGUGGCUCUGUGGGUGACGGUGGGCCUGGCUGUGUGUCUGCUGGGUCUGCUCAUCGCCCUGGCUGCAGUCUGCCGUAGGAAGAUCAAGGAGAGCUGUGAGGAGGACAGAGCAGCCAAGGAGCUUGAAGAGGCCAAAGAGCUGCAGGAAGAGGAGCAGUCUAAGACAGCCAUGACCCCCCUGAAAAGCUAAAGCCAAUAGAACACAGAAGUGAGGAGGCAGACGGUGAGACAGCGAUGAGCCUGGUAUUUAAUCCCACUACACCUAUCCAUCGACGGAGAGACUGGUUCCACUGUCUCCUACCCACACAGUGUCCAGGCCUUACUGAGCUGAUGAUGAGUCCAUCAUACCCAUCCCUACAGGACCACUUCUCCUGGGUUUCAAAAAGACAUAAACCCAUCAUAUCCUAUUACAGCACUAUGCAUUUCCCUUCCCCUGCUACUCUUUCAGUUAACGAAGACUGCUGCAGUAUAUGAAUACUGAUGUGGAGUCGAAUGAAUUUCUAUGCAAUAUGCUAGAGAGAAACUCCACUUGAACGCCAUUGGAUGUGACAGGCUCCCUGUGUAUCGAGGUAGGAAGUUUGAGAGACCCAGGAUCUCAUUUCUAAUAGGAAGUGAACAGCUUAAGAGAUGACCCAGCUGAGGCUGCCAUCGGUGUCUCCGUAGCUGUCUGCCUGCCAGAGAUGGAGUGUAGCUGUGUAGUUCUCCAUUUACUCCUCGACUCACUAAUUAAUGGUUGCCCGUGGAGUAACUUGUACCUGUCAGUGUCUACCGCUCUCAUAUAUUCAAUAACUUGGAGGAAUUGAAAUUGAAUGCCAGCUAAGCUCGAACAAACUGCAAAUGGUGCAUGGGAUACACCCUGGUUCUCUCAGUGACCUGACAGCAGCCUUAUAUGUAAGGUUUUUAAUGAACAUGGACUCUUCUCAGCUACUCUUAACUGCCAAGGUGGAAUGUUUUAUGAAUUCAAGAUGGAGGCUGGAAGGGUGGGUGGGUGAUGGUAUAGGUUCUGUUACAGUAUACAGGUACUCGAGUCCUUGUGCCAAGUCCUUGUGCCAAAUGUCCAUGUGCGUAUCAAUGCCAAAGCUGUCCAUAAAACAACCCAGUGCCGAUUCGCAUUAAAGAGACAUGGUGAAAAUGUUCCCGAGCGGUCACUGGUAAUUAUUGCGUCCAUUCCCAGGGUCACUGCAUGUGUGUUCAUGGAGAACAAGGUCCACUCUAUUACACAUAUCUCCUUACCCAUGGGAUUAGCCACACUGCUCACAAUUCAUACCUCCACUGUUCCAUUCGAGCUGAUUUAUCUCAGACUACACUCCUCUACAUAAUGAGGAAAACAAGAAUAAUGGUGAAAAGUAAUACAAAUCUUUCAUUUACAUGCAGAUCUAGCCAGACGUGUUAAAUUUCCAGUUAUGCUCUCACGUUCUUAGGGAUUUGCAGAUGCUUAGUCAUCCCAAACAUCUUAGUUGUAUUGAAUAAUGAAUUUCCUCCAGGAGUAUUUGUUACUGUCGUGUGUGAAAUAAGUGGCUGCGGUUGGGUUGGUGUAAAAGACAGGCUGGCUUUCUCUGAGAAGCCACCCCACCUCAACCCACACCCCAAGCCCAUCACUAUUCCCUCUAAGCUGGAUGAAGCUGUUGAUCAAACCCAAGGCUGUGCUUCCAAAUCCACAUCUCUCUCUCGCUCUCUGUACAGUAGCCCUUGACCUUGCCAUGUGUCCUCAUGGCCCAGACACCCGCUUGAAAUUAAAUUACAGAUUAGUGGCUUCGGCCCCUAGGAAGGGUUUAUUUGGUUGCCCCCUCUCCGUGUCACUCUCAUUCUGGGAGUGACACGCAGGGAGGAAAUGUCAUGGGAUUUAAGAAAGAAAAUGCCAGCCUUGAAACAGUUUCUACUUCAAAGUCUAUACUAUGAUGCCUGGCCUCCCUAAAUUCAGGAUGUCUGCAAGGAGUUCUAAAUCUUACAGGUGAGGAAUAGGGGGCAGAUGGCAUGUGGGGAUUACUAGAAUGAGUAACGAACAGGGGAAACUGAAACCAAAUUCUUACAUUUUUUAAAAAUAUGUCAUACAAACGUCUUCAGACUUCAAUGUCUCUGUAAGUUUUCUCCCAUCAAUUCCAUCAAGCUGAGAUGGAGCAUGAACUCUUCACCAGACUUAAAUGACUGGUCCUGUCACUGACUGCUUCUUAAGACACUGUUGCUGCACCUUCAGUUUGAAAUCAUCAUUCUAGCGAGACAAGUGGACCAAACGCCGAGCCCUCAUUCAUUUGGAAGACUGUCACGCAUAGCACAAUGCUGUAAUUUCAAAUCAUUUUCACUUCCACUCUGUAGGUUCUGUGAUUUUUGGCAAUCAGAAUGGCUUGUUAGCCCUAUAAACGAUCCACUUCCCUUCAUAUUGAUGCAGAUUCCCAGUCCUCAAGUAUAUAACUCAUCAUGUCAGAUUAGGGCCUCUUUUCAUUGGGAAGUAGGUUUCUUUGAAUGUGCCAACAGAGAAGCUACCCCACAGGGCAAAAACUGGUUGAACCAAUGCUGUUUCAAGCAAAAUAAUCAAAGUGAUGACAUUGUAUCAACGUGGACAACUAAUUAUUUUAGCAAAGAGUCCUCCCAUAACCCAAUUUUUAACAGAAAUAGAAUGACAUUAUGAUUUUUUUGUUGUUGAUUUCACAUUGAAUUCACAUUAGCUAAACAACUCAACCAAAUGUAAAUCAAUGCUAGACGUUGAACUGAUGUCUGUGCCCAGAGGGUCCUGUACUGUAGAGACACUUUCAAAUCAAGAUAUAUUUGCGUCAAAUGCUAUUCUAGAGUCCGGAGUCUGUAGCCAGAUUGUUUGUUCUAUUGUGUUGUUUGGAAUAAGUGGAAAGUUAACCUGAAUAUCACAGUUUGUUGAGCAAUGGAGAAAAACUCACAGCAGACAUUUGAAACGGUCUCUUCUCGCCAGGGGGGUUGAGUUGUGUAUUUAGUAUGGAGAAAGAAAGCAAUCAAUAAAACAGCCGUUGGUAACCAAGGGACGAGAGAAGUGUCUUUGAAACUUUAGCACAUGGUGCUUAAAAAGUGCAAUAUACUCAAUAAUAGAUGAAGAACUACUGGUAGCAGCCAUGCUCCAGGGUGUUAUACCCACCGCUAGACAGAGAAAAACACACCAUUCAACUAUUUGUGAAGAUUCAUUUCCAAAAGCCAAUGUUGACUAUCCAGUCAUAGUUUAAUCCUGUGUUUUUGGACAGACUUAAUAGUUCUGAUUUAAUUUGAUUUGAUAGUUUUGAUUAUCUGGGUAAUUAUUUAUGACAGAGAGGUACAUUUAUUAAAAAGUGUAAUAGGACUUGAAAAGGAGAAACAUUACACAUCAACAUCCCUUGGACCUCUACAUCUUUUAGGAAAUAAGUCAGCAUGGAGAAAACUGUCAGGAUUGUCAAGACAUUGACAGCUCUGAGGAACAGAUGGGCAAAAUACCAAAUCGAAAACGCUGCUCAUCAAUCAAAACAUGAAAACAAGGUUUGAAAGCAUGUUUAUGUUGCAACGCUUCCCCCUGAAUUGUACUGUCACAGUAGAUCAAUGUUGUUGUCAUUUGAAAGGUGAUCAGGUCACACAAGGGAUAGAUUGGUACUCCACCGUUUACCGAACGCUCACAUUGAAGAGAGGCUGUUAUUGUUUUCAUUUUCAAAAGGGAAAGUUUGUUCUUUCUUAGUGUUUUACCUCCGGACCAGGAUAUCUUGAAGGACAAAACCGUUUCAAUAGAGGCUCAGAUAAAAAUUCCUCAAGAGUAUGUAAUCAUGCUGGGAAGGAAAAAAAGUUUGAAAGCACCUGUGAAUCGCUAACACUACUCUGUUCCCCUCUGAAUGGUAAGCAGGCUUACUGGAUGUGUGCUGUUGACACUAGGCUUUACAGAAGACAGAUGACAGAGCCUCAUUUUUAGAGGACAGGGAUGGAAGGAUGAAGCACCACAGAGAUGACAAUUGUUAAAUGCAGCAAAACUGCCAUUAUUUAAUUUUAUUUGGCAUUUUGAUCUGAGAGUAUUGUGAAAUGAGGCAUUUGUUCUCUGACAAAGACGUGGAAUCGUAAUAAUGUCCCGAUUUGUUGUGGCAUUCAUGUUCCAAAGGCGUUGUCUCUGUAAAGACAGCCAUUCUAAGAGGGAGAUAAGUGACAGAUUUCAGCUGUCAGGGGUUUUACAUGCUCAGCAAAAACUAUGCCAAUGAACACGUUAUACUGUUUCCAGUUGGCCACUAAAUAUCGGUUCAUAUGAAAUGUGUCUCACUUGUUCUGAAUCUGUACUCAUGCAUACGUGUUUUUUUCUACAUUUAAAAACCCUCAUAUAUAUUUGAACUUCAAACAAUUGCAUCAGCUAAUUUGUAAAAUAGGCCCAUGUUCCAUUGAGCAUGUUUGGCUUCUAAUGAAAUAAGUGCGUAUUCAUGUAUCAACAUAAAUGUUUGUAGCUAUGUUACAUUAGGGGCACGACCAGGGGCGCAAGGUCAUAUUUAUAAAGGCCGGCAUACGCCAACUUUGACUCCUUAUCAAUGCACAUUGCAUGUCAUGGAUAAGGUAAGCAUAGGGAAUGCAGAGUUGUCAAUCAUAGGAUGAUUUGCUUGUCUUUAUUUCCCUUUGAUGUAUGUUUAUUUUAUUUUUUAUAAAUGGAUCAAAGCUUUUCCUAGAUGUUUUACUGUUAAUGUCAUAUCAUAAUUGAGGCAAGCAUGCAAUUUCAUCCAGCAUCAAAAUAAUGUAUUACUGUCACUCGUCUCUAGCUACCAAGCUGUACACCCAUGGGAAAUCCUUUUA